UGAAAUCGAAAAUAAUUGAAACAAAAUUGUGACGGUUUGUCAAAAAAUGACACGCGAAAAAGAAUUCAGAAGAUAGUUCGCGGAUAGGAAAAACCCAUUGGAAACGCAUCGCGCCAGUUUUCAAACAUUUCAAAAUUGCACGUGGGAUGUGCGACAAACUGCGGGCCGACGCUUUAAAAACUAAUAAUGACAAGAUUAUCUCGUACAUUCAAGAGCUGAAGAGACAAAGAGAUGAGGUCAUCCACACCAUUAGGAAGCAGGAAGAGGAGAAGGCUCUGCUAAAUACAGAAAUGGAAAGGCUAGCUUACAAAAUAAAUAUUAUUUCGAAGAGCUUAGCACAGCGAAUAGUUGCCAGGGAUCGAUAUAAUGAAGCCAUUGCUGAAGCAGAAGAUUACUACAAUAAAUUGGUGGAGAGCUCUGGAGUGCUUCUGAAUGCAGUCCAGAAAGAUUUUAACGAACUCUUUGAGAGUAUGGAUAAGAAGGUCGGGACGGAUCUAGCAAAGUCGGUUCAGUACUUCUGGUUAGUAAUUUAAAUAAUUUCUCUAAUUUUUUUUUUAAA